AUGGGCUUACAAACGCAGACGCGGGGCAUCCGCAUCGCCAUUGACCGCGGUGGCACUUUCACCGAUUGUGUGGGCAAUCCUGGAACUGGAAAGAUGGAGGAUGAUGUGAUCAUCAAGCUCCUGUCCGAGGAUCCGUCGAAUUACGAGGAUGCUCCUCUGGAAGGAAUCAGAAGGCUCAUGUCCAUAUUCCUCAAGAAGGAAAUUCCGCGAGGAGAACCCUUGGAUACUUCAAGAAUCGAGUCUAUUCGUAUGGGGACUACCGUUGCCACUAACGCCUUGCUCGAAAGAAAGGGGGAGAAGGUUGCCUUGGUGGUGACCAAAGGCUUCAAGGAUUGUCUAGAGAUUGGUAAUCAAUCGAGGCCCAAAAUCUUUGAUCUGGCAAUCAAGAAGCCCGAUGUUCUCUAUGAGAAGGUAGUAGAGAUUGACGAGAGAGUCACGCUGGAGGACUACGCAGAAGAUCCAGAGCGGAAAUUCACCGAAACAGAGCCCCUGAAUUCUGAAAAUCCGAACCAAGAUCUUGUCAAGGGUCUAUCUGGAGAAGCGGUUAGGAUACUACGACGUCCCGCGGAGCAGACGAUUCGAAGCCAGUUAGAAGAAAUAUAUAACCAAGGUAUCAAAAGCAUUGCUGUAUGCUUGAUGCAUGGAUACACAUUCCCAAACCACGAAGCCCUAGUCGGCCGAAUUGCAAGAGACAUUGGAUUUCAGCAUGUCUCGCUCAGCCAUGAGCUUAUGCCAAUGAUCAAACUGGUACCUCGGGCUACGUCUGCCUGUGCUGAUGCUUACCUCACCCCUGCUAUCAAGAAGUACAUUGCAGGCUUUCAGAAAGGGUUUGAGGGAGGUCUAGGGACUGAGAGCGUCAAGAACGAGAAGGGAACGAAGGGGGCCAGGUGUGAGUUCAUGCAAAGCGAUGGAGGACUAGUUGAUGUUGACAAGUUCUCGGGGUUAAAGGCCAUUCUCUCGGGCCCUGCAGGAGGCGUGGUGGGAUAUGCGCUCACUUCAUACGACCCAGAGACCAAGAUUCCUGUCAUCGGUUUUGAUAUGGGAGGGACUUCUACCGAUGUGUCAAGGUACGGCUCGGGAAGGUACGAACACGUUUUUGAAACGACCACGGCGGGUGUGACUAUUCAGUCGCCCCAGUUAGAUAUAAAUACUGUAGCUGCAGGCGGCGGAUCACGCCUGUUCUUCAGGAACGGCAUGUUCGUAGUUGGCCCCGAGUCCGCUGGGGCACACCCAGGUCCGGCCUGCUAUCGGAAAGGCGGUCCGGCCACUGUGACGGAUGCCAAUCUCUUUCUCGGACGCCUGCUCCCAGACUUCUUUCCCAAGAUCUUUGGCAAGAAUGAAGACGAAGGUCUUGAUGUGGAAGCGAGUAAGAAACUCCUAGAGGAACUUGCUGAGCAGAUCAACAAGGAGACCGGCAAGAACAUGAGUGCUGAUGAGGUCGCCUAUGGAUUUCUAACCGUUGCCAACGAGACCAUGACGAGGCCUAUCCGCUCACUGACUGAAGCCAAGGGUCAUGACACAUCGAAACAUCGUCUGGCAACGUUUGGUGGGGCAGGUGGCCAACACGCUGUAGCAAUUGCUGAGAGCUUAGGAAUAAGGCAAAUCUUGGUCCACCGUUAUUCGUCCGUCCUCUCGGCCUACGGCAUGGCUCUGGCAGACGUUGUCGAUGAGCAGCAGGAGCCAGAGUCGAAAGUAUGGACGGACAAAGGGGAUGCUAAAGAGGCCUUGAAAAGGAAAAUUGAAGAGCUGAAACGAAAAUCGAGAAAUGCACUGAGUGAGCAAGGGUUUGGAGAGGGCUCCAUAGUGUACGAGGAAUACCUCAAUAUGCGAUACCGAGGAACGGAAUCAGCUCUCAUGGUUGUAAAGCCCGAGAAGGAAGAUGUCGAGAAGGAAUUCGGUGGGGAUGAGUGGGCGUAUGGAAAAGCCUUCGUGAAGCAACAUCAGCAGGAGUUUGGUUUUACAUUGCCUGAUCGAGAUAUCAUCGUAGAUGAUGUCCGAGUCCGGGGGAUUGGAAAGAGUUUUGAAGGACUCGGCAAGACAGUCGAUCAACAAUUAAAAGAGGUUAGGCCUAAAGACGUGAAGUCUAGUAAGGAGUACAAACGAUCAAAGGUCUAUUUCGACGGUGGCCGACAUGAUACGCCUAUCUACAAGCUUGAGGAUCUUGAGGUAGGAGAUAGGAUUCGAGGACCAGCUAUUUUGGCAGAUGGGACUCAGACUAUUGUCGUGACUCCCAGUGCUACUGCACUGAUUAUUGAGACGCAUGUUGUUAUUAACAUAGGGGAACAAGAACUCAAAGAUACGUCCGAGUUGGAUACGACAAAAGGGGUUGAUCCUAUCAUGCUCAGUAUCUUUGCCCAUCGUUUUAUGGCCAUUGCAGAACAGAUGGGCAGGGCUCUCCAGAAAACAAGUGUCAGUACCAACGUCAAAGAACGCCUUGAUUACUCUUGUGCGCUCUUCGACUCCACCGGGGGGCUAGUAGCAAAUGCUCCCCAUCUGCCGGUACAUCUAGGGUCAAUGUCAACCUGUGUUAAAAGGCAAGCAGCGAUUUGGAAAGGGAAACUUGUCAAAGGGGAUGUCAUAGUAUCCAACCACCCGGAAUUUGGAGGGACCCAUCUCCCCGACAUUACGGUCAUAACGCCAGCUUUUAAUGAGGCAGGGGAUAAAAUUCUAUUUUACGUUGCUUCAAGAGCCCAUCACGCGGAUAUAGGUGGUAUACUACCAGGUAGCAUGCCACCGCACUCGAGAGAACUUUACCAAGAAGGAGCAGCAAUCAAGUCAGAGAAGCUGGUCAGCGCUGGGCAGUUCAACGAGAAGCGGAUCACCGAGUUGCUGCUUACCGAACCAGCGCGGUAUCAAGGCUGCAGUGGCACGAGAUGCUUGGCGGAUAACUUGUCGGAUCUGAAAGCGCAGAUAUCUAGCAACAUGAAAGGCAUCAAUCUCAUCUCGGCAUUAAUCAAAGAGUAUGGCGAGGACGUCGUGAACUUUUACAUGGUUAAUAUUCAGAACAACGCAGAAUUGAGCGUCCGGAACCUAUUGAAAGAUGUCAGCAAGCGGUUUGAAGGCCAAGAUCUCUCGGCGAUUGAUUAUAUGGAUGACGGAAGCCCCAUCAAGCUCAAAAUUACCAUUGAUGCCGAAAAGGGAGAAGCAGUUUUCGACUUCGAUGGUACGGGGCCAGAGGUUUACGGAAACACAAACGCACCUCAAGCUGUAACAUACAGUGCAAUAAUCUACUGCCUCCGAUGCCUGAUAUCAGAAGAUAUACCCCUUAACCAAGGUUGUCUAAAACCCAUCAAAGUCCUUAUACCUCCAAAAUCCUUCCUCUCGCCGUCUGACAAAGCAGCUGUUGUUGGCGGCAAUGUCCUUACUUCACAACGGGUCACAGAUGUGAUCCUGAAAGCCUUCCGUGCUUGCGCAGCUAGCCAAGGGGACUGCAAUAACUUGACCUUUGGGUUUGGCGGCAAUGUGGAAGGCCAAGAAAACGUGAAGGGAUUUGGUUACUACGAGACGAUCGCCGGAGGCAGUGGUGCUGGUAGUGAUUGGGAUGGCACCAGCGGUGUGCAUACUCACAUGACCAAUACACGGAUCACAGAUGCCGAGGUCUUUGAGAGACGAUAUCCAGUCAUCUUGCGAGAGUUCUCUUUGCGCGCUGGAUCUGGUGGUGCGGGCAAACAUCGAGGCGGUGACGGAGUGAUCCGGGACAUCGAGUUCCGCAUACCGGUGCAGGUUUCGAUCCUAAGUGAGAGGCGGGUGUAUCAUCCAUAUGGACUGGAAGGAGGAGAGGAUGCCCAGUGUGGUCUUAAUAUCUGGGUGAGGAAGGUGGAGACGAGUAACCCAGAGAAGUCGGACAAGCAGCUGAAUGGAUCGAGCUCGAAAGAGGAAGAGGUUGUAUAUGAGGAGCGAAGAAUCAACCUGGGGGGGAAGAACACCGCUGCAAUGAAGGCUGGUGAGAGAAUCAUCAUAUGUACGCCUGGUGGUGGUGGUUGGGGGAAGCCUGGGGAUAAGAAGGAGCAAAAGGACAAGAUUAGGGAUCCGAAAUUUGGCUGGAGGGGAGGCAGUCAUGCUAGUAGAGAAGAGCUGGCCCUGCAGGCUUAG